AUGAGCAACCUCACGCUCGGCAACCUCACCGUGGGCCUGAACCAGAGCACCAGCCCCGGGUCCGGUUCCGGCCGGCCGCCCUGGUACCAGUACGACGUGUGUGCCGUGGCGCCGUACGGCUUCGUCUUCUACUUCGGCGUGAAGGUGUUCAACCUGGCCGUGGGCUUCCCCACCAACAUGCUGGUGAUGUGGAUGGUGGCCACCACCAAGAAGGGCGAGGGCUCCACCUCGGACAUCUUCAUCUUCAACCUGGCCGUGCUGGACGCCUACUUCUGCCUGAUGACGCCCAUCGACAUGGUCAACCGCAUGGUCCUGGACAACGAGCAGAUCUGGUACUUCCAGCGCUUCGCCUACGGCGUCAAGGACACGGCGCCGCUCUUCCUCGCCUGCAUCUGCCUGGACCGCUACGUCGCCGUGGUGCACCCCAUCCUCUUCACGGGCAUCCGCGACAACCGCGUCCGGGCGGCGGUGACGGUGCUGGUGUGGGGGCUCAUCCUGGCCUACGCGCUGACCAAGUCGCUGCUGGGCGUGCGCAGCACCACCGAGUACUUCAGCGGCGUCAUCCUCUUCGCCUUCGCCGUCAUGGUCUUCUGCAACGUCUCCAUCAUCUGGGCGCUGCGCAAGUCGGUGGCCGGCAAGGAGACCAUGAACCCCGUGAAGAAGAAGGCCUUCCGCAUGGUGAUGAUCGUCAUGGGCAUCAUCGUGGGCAACUACCUGCCGCCCGUGGCCACCAUGCCCUUCGUGGCGUACUACACCUUCGUGGCGUUCCGCUGCCACAUCAGCAUCUCCGUCUUCUCCAUCAUGGACCUCAGCUGCAGCAUCGAGCCGCUGCUCUACCUCAGCAAGAUGAAGCUGAGCUGCUGCGGCCGUUUCCAGAGUCCCCAGAAGAAGCCGAGCGAAGUCCCUGCGUAG